GAGGAGCGGAGGUUUACCGUUGUGGUAAUCCGGUUCAGACAUGACAAGUGCGGCCGACUGAAGCUCAACUCAGUCCUGCUUUUCUGCCCCGGGGGCUUCAAAAACUCCGCCACAACGUCUCAGCACCGAGCUGGACGUGUGAGCACAAUGCCGCGGUGGACUGAUGCCUGUUACGACGCAGACUCGUUCGGCCGGGAGGAGAAGUGCUCCCUUGUUAAGCUAGUUUGGUCCGUCAGUAGUGGUGAUGAUGAGCACCGGGCUGGAUGAGCAGCGAGUAGCCUGACGCCACUUCACCACAGGCCGGGACGAGCCUUUCAGCUGAGCCCGGAGCACCGAGACACCCGGAUGCUUCGAAGUUCACGGAUAAUAAACGGGGUAGUUGGAUACAGUUAAUCUGCUCCAAACUGUCUCACCAAUUCCUGCUGAAAGUGAGACCCAACCAGCUUUCACGGUGGAAACGAGAAGAAGAGCAAAGAUGAAUGCUGUGCGGGGGGGCACAGUCACCUGGCGUCCCCAGCCAUGGCAGGACGGGGACGGGGGAGGAGGGGAGCCGCUGUCAGACAGCGACUCUGAAGAGGAGGACUUCCCCGAUGACAGCACCACCCCGCUGGGGGACUACAUUACCCACGGACUGAAGCAGCUCCUGGAUGCUCAGCAGCUGUGUGAUGUGACUUUGCUUGUUGAGGGGAAAAAGUUCAUGUGUCACAGAGUCCUUUUAGCAGCAGUGAGUCCGUACUUCCGGGCCAUGUUCACCAGCCCUCUGGUGGAGUCCCGCCUCACUGAGAUCCGACUGGAGGAAGUGACGCCGUCUGUUAUGGAAACUGUGAUCCAGUUUGUGUACACCGGGGAAGCAGGGCUCUCCCUGGACACAGCAGAGGAUCUGUUUGUGGCUGCCAACCGCCUUCAGGUCAUGCCCCUUCAAGACUUGUGCUCCAGGUUUCUAUUUGAGCACCUCUCAGUGGAUAACUGUCUGGGGAUGUAUUCACUGGCUCGUUCUCACCAUGACCAGCUUCUGCUGCGUGCCUCCCUGCGGCUCGUAGCCCAGCACUUUCCUCGGGUGGCCCGGCAGAAAGAUUUCCUUCUGCUUGACCAUGGCACCUUAGGCAGCCUCCUGAGCUCCGACCGCCUCGGGGUGGACUCCGAAGCGGAGGUCUACGAUGCGGCACGCCGUUGGGCAGAGCACCAGCCAUUGGACCGCUAUGCCCACAUGCCUGCACUGCUUCACCACCUGCGCCCAGGGCUGCUGUCCCAGGAGGAGAGCCGAAGGCUGAGCCAGGAACUGGGGCCUGCUGCUGCGGGGGAAGGCCUCGGUGGGCCUCUGAGACCACGUGAGGGAAUGUUUGAGAAAAAGAUCGUCUGCGUGGAUCUGACACCUCGGGAAGAUGAGAAUUUAGCUGCAAGAGACUACACAGUGGACUGCUUUGAUCCUCGGACAGGGAAGUGGGAGAAGUUAGCAGCUCUGGGUUCACUCGUGAGCCCUGGCUGCACGGCUGUGGGUGACAGGCUGUUUGUAGCUGGUGGGAUCCUGCGGACAGGCUCUGUGUCUGCAGCCGUGCAUGAAUAUGAUGCUGUGUUGGACCGCUGGAUAGAGCGGCCUUCGAUGGUCCAGCCCCGGGCUAUGCUCGGUCUGCUGGGCUGUGGAGAGUCCCUCUAUGCUUUGGGUGGCAGCAACCGCUCCGCUCUGCUGGACUCCAGUGAAGCCCUGGAGCUGACAACACUUCAGUGGGGUCCCGGGCCUCGGCUGCCGCUCCCACUGCGCGCCUUCGCCUGCGCAGCGCUGCGUGGACGGCUUUACCUUCUGGGUGGAACCACACUUGAACAGAACCGGGCUGUGGUCCACUCAGGUGUGCUCAUUUAUCACACCCUGACAGACUGCUGGACACGUGUGGCACUGGACUCUGGUGCUACCUGCCUCGCUGGAGGAGUAGCAGUGCGAGGGGGAGUUUGCGCUAUUGGCGGAUACAUGAGGGAUACUACAAAGUUCCUGGAUGGAAACUACACCAAUCUGGAGACUUUAGAUGCUACUGGUCGGGUGCUGUUCUUUAGAGAGGGCCGGGGGUCGGGUGUGGAGAGGGAAGUGACUGGAGGAGGUGUGAUGGUCAGCGCAGAGCAGCGAGGGGGUGCAGGUGGUGGAAGCGACCGAGCCCCGAGUCCUGUUGUUUUUCCCGGGUUGCCACGGCGGAUUGCAGCAGGGGGCGUGGCCAGGUGGAAAAGGAGGAUUUAUGUGUUGGGUGGGGAAAACGGCUCGCGGUUCUAUGACAGCGUGUACUGUUGGAAACCCGGCUGGCGCAGCUGGGUCCAGAGACGGGAAAAACUCCCGGGAGACACUGGAGGGGUGAGCCAGUUUGGGUGUACCACUCUAAAAUUUCCUAAGAAACAUAUCCUGUCCAGACUGAGACUAGCCAAAGACAACUGCAGGAAGCCCUCUGACUAGCUUGACAGGGAUCAGUAUGACUGGAGAGGCAGCCGUCAUGUGACACAGAGAUGAGCUUCAGGCUGAAUGAGCUCCUUGCAAUUUUGGUGUGUGAAACUGAAUCACAAGGAAAAUACUAUUUUAUACAGUCUGAGUGCAGCCGCAGAGCAGGCCUUGAUGGUAUGAGAUGUAUCAUCAUCGACAGUCAUGCAGAUGGAGGGCAAGUGGAGCCAGGAGCUGGUUAAAAGUCAGGCAACAUGCACCUGAAUGUAACCUAAUUCACUAAAUGUCAGAACAGUGAAGUCCUUUGAGAGAGAAAAGGGCCUUUGAGUAGUUUUCUUAAAAGUGUAAUGUUAUGUUCAGCUUGCUGCUGAUGUCAUAUUUUUCAGGCAGUUUGGAAAUCACUUCAAUGCUGUGAAUUUCUCGUCAGCGUCUAGUUUAGACACAAGGAUACUGGAACAUUUCCGACCAUGCUUUCUUCCACUUUAUUUGCAAAAACGUCUGUUGUCUGACGAGGGCCCGUGAAGCCUUAUGACACUGCUAUAAAGAGCUACACAAAUAAACUUGAGGAGACAUAUCAUAAACCGACUGGCUUCGAGAUAGUUCUUACUUGUACAAUAAGCUAAUCAUUUUUUAAUAUAUCACCUUUCAAAAACUAGGUGUUUUACAAAGACAUGAGCGAAUAAUAAUUGUGUGAAUAGUACUUAAUGACCCUGCUGGAGUAUCUCAGACUGAAUUCAGGUUCAAAAGGGACGAUGAUGAAGAUGUAGUCAGGGAAGUUGCCUUAAUGGUGAUCGUUACAAAUUUAAAAUCAUUUCUAAAACAUGCAGGAGUCUAAAUAUGUGUUGUGUGGAUUCUUUAGUUAGAUUUGGUGAGUAGUCCAGCUGCAGCGUUCUGGACCAGUAGAAGCUUUGAUGGGUGCUGUUACAUAAGUCAGUAACACAGUGAGUUACAGUGAUCUGUAUUGACUGCAGGGGUCACGGGUUCCAAGUGCGUUGUGGAUAGAAAUGAUAUAAUUUUUCAAAAUAUUUCAAAGGUGCAAGAUGCAACAAUGAACAGUAGGUUUGAACUGGAGGUCAAAAUGAAGUUUGUUGUCAACUAUAGCACCUAAAUUCCAGGAGGAAAGGGAGCCUAAAUAGGGGGGAGAUGUGUGUGAGUUUUUUAGAGUUUGAAUUUUUAGCAUCUGUGGGAUAGUUUUGUGCUUUGUCUAAGUGAAAUGAGAACUAGAUCUGGUUGUCAUCUGUAUAAAAAACUGAAGGUAUAAAAAUGAUGUUUGUGGAGGACUGUCAGUGCUGGAGACUGGUUUGGCUAGCUUGUUGGUAUUUCUUUAAAUCAGGGUGGUGCAGUCACAGUGCUUCUGCAAAAUAGUGGCGGGGAGCAUUUUUGAUGGAAUGUUUGCCUCCAGAGAAACGAGAACUGUCAUUAAAAUGGCUCAUUCAGGCAUAUCGGCUCUGUAAAGCGACUUGAGACAAUUUGAAUUGUAAUUGGCGCUAUGUAAAUAAAACUGAAUUGAACUGAAUUAAUUCACUGAAUGUUUAGCAGACUUGGCUUAAUACAAGAUCCAAAUACUUGGGAAAACUUAACAUCUUUAGCAUGAAGGUUGCUGCUCGAAGGUCCGUCUUGUCCUGAUUUAAGGGGAUUUUGAAAACGGUAACAUGCAGAUAGUAGAAGAGGAAAGAGUCCUGCAUAGAGGAAAAGGCAGACAGUUAGCUGAAGUCUACAUCCCAUGAGUCAGACUAAUCCAAAGGUAGCAUGUAGAGAAUAGACUGAGCCUUGAGCCACUUCAUAAGUGCAGCGGAAAAUGGAAGAAUUACUGAUGGCCACUGAUUUCUAUUAGAAAUACAGGAAUAAAACUAGUCACCUGAUGUUCAAAGUGUUUAAUAAAAAUCACUUGGUGGAAUAGAUGUUAGUUCGCCACAGACAGCUGGCAGAAGAACAUUAACAACUAAGAAGAGCUUUGUCAGUGCUACAGUCUGCCCUAAAACCUGACUGAAAUUUAUAAAGGCAGGGUUUUUCCUGGCUCAGAAUGGGUCUUUGGGUGGUGACUGCACAGCAACAAGCAUGAUUCGUUUGCUUACACUACAGGCAAUGAGUCUGUGUUGCCUACUUUGACAGAAAUCUGCAUUUUUCUGUUAUUUCUGAGCAUUUGACUAACAAAAAUGGAUAUUAUGCUUGAGUAAAUGGAAAGCAAAUUAACAAAACAAGUAAAAAAAAAAAAAUCCUAUAAUUUUGCACUUUGUUGUUGGCCAAAAUGUCUUUUUACAUGUUGGUAUAAGCAGAGAAAUCCCAGCACAGAGCCCAUUGCCAUUCACACUGUAUAGUCAACGAUCUCCUCAGCAGCAGUUUUUUCCAAGACCCUGGCCAAGACGGGGAGUUGAGAUAUUGUGCAAAAGUUAUUAAAAAUGAAUGGGCCAGAGUUGACUCAUUCGGAGGUGCUUGAACUACAACUGAUUUAAAAUAUUCAGGCACUUGACAUUGUGAAAGUGAGGAACUAUAAUAGAUAAUGACUUGGAUACAUGGAGAUACUGACUUUGAGUAUUUCUUUAAGGAAGUGAGUUGAACAGAAGGGUAUUUUCAGCUCAUUUUUUUUUCGACAACAGCGACAAAAUAGGAAGAAUCUGUUUGAGCACAUUGACUAUCGUAAACCAAAGGUAAGCAUACAGUUCUGUGAGUGGCUCGGGAUUUAAAGCAAACUGUACUGAUAGCUGGAGCUGUGUUGUUUCAUCUGUGGCUCAGUCAUUCAGCUUCAUAGUAUCCAGGAUAGUCUACCUGUCUGGAGAUACUGCCUGGUGUUGCAUCUUCGCCAGUGUGUAAGACAUGGACUAGAUAGUGUCUUUUUACUUAGUAGAACAAUAACAAAGUGGACAAAUUGCAGUGGAAGAAAUGUGCAGAGCAAAGUUAAAGAUGAUAUUCACUAUUAACACAUACAGUAAGACCAUGUAGGAAAAAAAUCCACCAUCAAAGGCAUUUGCAAUGAAAAACUGUCCUCCUGACAGAGUUGCUGCUUCAUAAUUUUAGCUAGAUCUCACUGUAUAAUUCCAGCAAUAAAUGUCUAAAGGUGUCGUGCGGCCAUCUGGGAAUACGACCGACAGUAUCCUUGUGUCUAGACUCUCACUCUAUCCAGCUUCAUUCCUGAACCUCCAGGCCAGGUGGGCAGCUGUCUGCACUCGCUUCAGCUGCCGUCCACAGGAAUCUGAAUGUACUUGACUUGGAGGCUAUGGAUCAUUUACUCACACUGACAUUGCACAUUAUUUAUUGAAAUGUAUUUUAAUGGGUUUUGUUGUUAUUUUGAGUGCUGGGACGUUCUGUAAACUACACAUUUGCCCAGAAAGACAAGCAUGUUGUUUAGCUGCAACAGGCCAGUAAUGAUUCAGAGUGAUUGCACCUUCCCUAAAGUCUUCAGUUGGACUGAGACGGUCUCCUUUAAGAUCACAACAGCGGAAUUUAACACCACAGGCAACAAGCACAGAACCCCCCCAGUGACACAGCUACUGCACCACUUAACAUUUAGAUUAAAAACAUCGUGGUCUUUGUUUUUCUUCAUACUAUGAAAUACAGAGUAGAUGGUACAUUGCUUCCUUUAAUUUAGUCUGCUAUGUGUGAUUAAUAUGUAAAAUCAAACAGAAUCGCAGCCUCCCUUUUUUCUAUCCCAGCUUCUGUUGACCCGUUUAGUUUUCAUGGUAAAGGUGUAACAUAUUGAUAUGUUUCCACUGUUGCUCCCUCCUGCCCUUCACUCUGCCAGUGCCACUAGCAGAUACACUGACAGGGAUGACUUAGCAGCACAGUAGACCGAGAGGCUCUUCUGUUCUCAUUAAUUAUGGUGUAAAACCCCGGUGUAGGAGUUUUCAUGGAGGUGCUGUUGUACCGCGACUGUGAUCGUCUCUGUUUAUGAUUUACAGUUUCCAACUUGUGGGGUUUGCUUCACAAACACAAGAGCAGUCUAACAUUUGGUCCGAGAUUCAGAUUACAAGACUGUUUCAGAAAUAUAAUGACUGACUUAUUUUAGGCUUAGAAAGCCAACCCCUCGACCCUCAGGCUGACUUAGAACUAUGUUUCCUUGGUAACACUCAAAGGCACAAACUGGUGAAAACAUGAAGAAACGUGGCUCAGAAUUCAGGGUUUGCUGAUAAUGUUCUACAGCAAGCAACGAGACAGAAGAGUUUAUUGAGAGCGCAGUAGUCUGCUCUUUACAGAAUUAUCUCAGUGAAACGUUGUUACUGGUAAAUUUGUUGAGGCGUUGGUAUCCGAGUAGUUUAAUGUGGCGGAGUUAUGUGACGAUUGGCAUUGCUUUGUCUGUUUGCAACAUUACUCAAAAACGGAAUAACAGAUUUGGAUGAAAUUUUCAGGGAAAGUCAGAAAUGACACAAGGACCAACUGAUUAGGUUUUGGCAGUGAUGUGGCUUAUAGUCUGGAUCCAUGGAUUUGUUAAAGAUUUCUGUAUCAUUGCGAGAUAGCGUCACGGCGAUCCUAUUACAAAUCCACUGCUGCGUACUUAUCAGUACUUAUCCGUUGUAAAUCAUACAAGGAAUGAGCAGCCUUGGCGGACUAUUGCCCUCUCUGAGUGCUUUUCUAGUUCAGUCUUUUGUAUUUUAUUGUUUGGAAAAGGUUGUAAUUUAUCCAUAAUUCGUAGCAAAAUUGUUCCACUUGAAGCUGGGUUUUUUUUGUGUGUGUGUCGCUGGACUAAAAUUCCAGACUAAACUUUGAGGUGAUGUGUAAACUAGACUUCCACACCUCCUCUUGACUUCUUUUGGUGCUUUUCCAUUAGCGCCUACUCGGCUUGACUCUACUUGGUUUGUGAGGUUUUCCAUUAGGACGUAGUCCCUGGCACCAGGCACUAUUUUAGUACCUACUCGGCCGGGGUUCCAAGUGAGCUGAGUUGAGCCGAUAAUUUGACGUCUACAGAGUGCAGGCCACUGAUUGGACAGAGAGUGAUGACACAUGAGAGCGACUCCUUCACGAAAAAUUGUGAGUGUUUGGUGACUUCAAGAAACUUUUCCAUUACGCAUCCCAUUGGUGGCAAGCUUCCUUUAAACCAGUGUUUCUCAAAUAGUGGGGCGCGCCCCCCUGAGGGGGCACAGAGGCAUGUCAGGGGGGGCGUGGGCGACUGGGAGGAAAAGGUUCUUCAACACGGAACUAGUUAGCUGAACUAUUGUUUUAACGUCGGCCUGUUUUUCGCGGCGUACAACAAUACUGAAAUUGUGCUGGCCCAUAGACUGUAUAUGCCAUAGAUAUAAAAAAAAAUAUUAAUAAUAAUGAUCUUCUAUAUAUAUCUAUGGUAUAUGCACUGGCCGUUCAGACUCCGAAGUACAGACUCCUGAGAACGGGAGAACGCAUCGUUAAUGUGCAGUCGGAACACCAGCGUACUCGAUCACGUCACGUACUCGGCUCAUCUCCUCCGAUUGUUUUUACCAGCAAUGUCAAACAUACGGCCUGUGGGCCAAAACUGGCCCACCAGACGGUCCAUUUCGGCCCGCGGGACGACUUUACAAAUGAUAAAAAUUACAACAACAUUAAUUGUGAAUUGUAAAUUUGUAAAACUGUAAAUUUAAAAUAAUUUCUAGAACUUGACAAGUUGUUCUGAUCAUGAAGUAAAAUACUAGAUUGUUCAGUUCCAGAUACCUGUGACUGAAUGUUUUGUGUUUUUGUAGAUAAACUGUUAUCUGGCAGUUACAAUGGAUGUGUAAAUGAUGAACUGAGGCAUAAUAGGCUACUGUUGAAAUUGAACUUGUUUUCCUUAAGAAAUUUCAGGUUCAUAAUAUUUUGUAAAAAGAUAGUUCAUUAAAUGUGAACAUUUUCAGGAUGUACUUUUUUUAAACUAAAACAAAGGGGAAAAGUUGGAGUUGUGGUUAUUUAUAGGCUAUUAUGCUGUGAUUUUACUGGUGGGGCCCACUGGAGAUCAGGUUGGGGUUUAUGUGGUCCCUGGACUAAAAUGAGUUUGACACCCCUGAUCUUUACUGUGAAAAACAACAAAAUGGAAUCAGAUAAAAUAACACAGCCCUGCAUAUUCAUGUUUUCACAAUAUAUAAAUAUAUAUAUAUAUAUAUAUAUAUGUAUAUAUAUAUAUAUAUAUAUAUAUAUAUAUAUGUAUGUAUAUAUGUAUAUAUAUAUGUAUAUGUGCGCACAAAGUUAUUGGGGGGGCAUGAAAGUUUUUGGUCCUCCGAAGGGGGGCCCAGCAGAAAAAAUUUGAGAACCACUGCUUUAAACAAACAAGUAUAUUUUGAUAGUAAUGUCGUUGUCUCCUGUAUGCAGACAAUAAGCUAGCUAGUUAGCCAUCAACGCUGGCUCCGUGGCUGGGCCGUCGUGCUAUGACGACUCCACCCAUGAUGAGGUGGUACUCAACUGUAAUGGAAAACGACCUGAGUCGAGUCGAGUAGGUGCAAAUGGAAAAGCGCCAUUUGAGUCCCAUGUGAGGCUUGAAAUGUUGACUUCUGGCUGCUGCAGCUUUAUAAUGAGCAAAUGUUUCACUAAAAUCAGACUGGACUGUAAGUUAGAUCUGAGCCAAGCUAAGGAAAAGUCUGUCUUUGUGAAACCGACCCCAUAUGGUAAGAAACCCAAGUAUGUGGCUGACCAAAAAAAAAAAAAAAAAGAAUAGAACAAGUAGCAAAAACACUUAAGUAAGGUUCUCUAAUUCAGCACUAGGUGGUCAAACACACAGUAGAGAGGUUUUUUUGUUGUUGUGAGCUUCAGUUUGUGUUUCCAGGAAAACUUAACGCCACACUGUCUGUUUUAGUUCUCACAACAUGCUCUGAAUUUUCACCCAGAAAUGUCAAAUGGACUGCUUUCCUUUUCCUUGGUGUGCUUACAGCUUGUAUGACAUGUGACCAGUGUGUGAUUGUGUACGCAUGCAUGUUUUCUAUGCCGAGGCGUAAAUCUGCUCAACACAAGCUCUUUGGGCACAUCCACACCUUCUUGCUGUGCGACCAUUCAGAGAAGUAAAGCUGCCCUCAUUUGUACAACCUAAUGACUUUUGUGAAAGGAAAGGCAAAUGGAUGAAAGCAGUGCUAUGAAAUGAUUAAAGGACUAUUUGCUUACA